GCGGAGCCUGCGGGCCCAGCCGGCCGCUGCCUUGUCCAGGCCAUGGAUCCUGAGGUAUCCCUGCUGCUUCAGUGCCCUCCUGGGGGGCUGCCCCAGGACCAUGUAGGAGUGGAGCUGAGCCCAGCCCAUGACCGUCGCCCACUACCAGGAGGGGACAAGACCAUCGCUGCCAUCUGGGAAGCCCGGCUACAGGCCCAACCCUGGCUCUUCAAUGCCCCCAAGUUCCGCCUGCAUUCAGCUACACUGGCAUCCACUGACUCUCCUGGUCCACAGCUGCUUCUGCGCCUGGGCCUUACUUCCUACCAAGAUUUCCUGGGCACCAAUUGGGCCAGCUCAGCCUCCUGGCUGCAACAGCAGGGAGCCAUGGAUUGGGGUGACAAGCAAGCCUAUCUGGCAGACCCACUGGGGGUGGGUGCCGCACUAAUCACAGCUGAUGACUUCCUUGUCUUCCUGCGGCGCUCUUGGCAGGUGGCCGAGGCCCCUGGGAUGGUGGAUGUCCCUGGUGGGCACCCUGAGCCUCAGGCUCUGUGCCCUGGUGACAGCCCCCAGCACAAGGACCUUCCGGGGGAACUGGUGGUACGUGAGCUCUUCUCCAGUGUCCUACAAGAGAUCUGUGAUGAGGUGAAUCUGCCGCUGCUCACCCUGAGCCAACCCCUGCUGUUGGGCAUUGCCCGAAAUGAGACCAGCGCCGGCCGUGCCAGUGCCGAGUUCUAUGUCCAGUGCAGCCUGACUUCUGAGGAAGUGAGGAACUACUAUCUGAGUGGGGGACCUGAGGCCCASGAGUCUACAGGAAUCAUCUUUGUGGAGACACAGAGAGUGCAGAGAUUGCAGGAGACGGAGAUGUGGGCUGAGCUCUGCCCCUCAGCCAAAGGCGCCAUCCUCCUCUACAACCGAGUUCGGGGAAGUCCCACCUGAGUCAAUGUAGAGUCCCAGCCCUGGGGGACUGUCAUCACAGCUCUGAAGACAAUAAAGAACUUUAUUCUUGGA